AUGGAACAACGAGAAUUGCAUGAGAUGCACAGCGUUAGGGAGGAAACAAGCCAUCCGAAUACGGUCGCUCCAAAGGUCCCAGAAACCACUCAUGAGCCAAGGUUUUUGUCGAGAGCGUCUUCCAUGACCGUCCGUGAGCCAGUGGUCAGGACCCUAAACACAUCGCUGUGGCCGCUGGUGGUCUUCAUCUUUUACGCCACACUUUCCGCCUUCACGUGGGCCGUGUUGUGUAUCGCAAGCAACCGACCGAUUGGAAGCAAGCAGGAUUACACGAAAAAAAUGGGCUAUGCAAGUGAGCGGGAUGCUAUCUUGACUAAACACGAGAAUGCUGUCAGAGCGGCGCAGAUCUUGCAAGCAGUCGUCGCUCUGCUCACUAUCCCCAUCACAUCGGCAAUUUGCUCCAUGGCCCUGGCUGCUUUUAUCCAAGCCAGUGGCGCACGAACAAAAUUGAACCUUCGUCAGACUAUGGCGCUUGCCGAUCAAGGCUGGAUCAGUCCACGCAUAUGGACUAUGUGUUCCAAAGUAGGAAGCCUGCCAUUGUACAUUGCCUUCGGGUUGACGUUAGUCGGUGCGGUCUUCCAAAUCCUUCAACAGACCUUUAUCCAAGUUACCACCGUACAGAUCGCGACUAAGGAUACCUUUUAUAACACCGACCAUGUUCCUGAUCUGCCUGCUCUGAUCAACGGUAGUACUAGCAAUAGCAACCCACUAGUUGUUCGACUCCGUAGCAUCCUGGAAUCGACCAAGGAGGACCAAUAUGAACCUUUCCUUUGGGUCAAGCAGCAAGCUGACCGCAUUUACCACGACUACCGGGGGAGUUUCGAACUAAUCUCUGAUUCAGGUUCAGACGUUUGGUUCACACCUUUGGUCUCGGACUUCAACACCGGUGUUUACGAUGAGCCUCAAUACGCGCCCCGCAUCAACACAACGAUUACGUACGCGAACAUGACUGCUGCCGAAUGGCCAAGCGAAUGUGUUCGUGACAGAGAAGGCUUGUUCUUUGCAGAGUAUCAUGGACGUUCAGAUUACCAGGACACCGAUUAUGACUACAGCAGUUACUACGACACCGAUUUGACGGCUUGUAUGCCUACGAACAUAAGCGAAACGCCCUGGCAAGCUACAUACAACCGACAGGAUAUCACCGAAGAACUCUAUCUUAACGUAUCAGUACCAUACAGAAUGGAUACCCCUUCUUAUUAUAAAGUAACGGCCAAAUCGUCAUUAGGCUACUUUGAGCUUCCGUGUGCCAAGAAUGGAAACCGUGCCGGGCCCUUACUCGAUAACUGUUCUCUGCCAUCCUUAACCGACGAAUGGAUGUCAGGUUCAUACAGUAGUUGGGGCAAAGCCGUGGCAGCUCGGGAUACCGAAGACACAUAUGCUGGCAAUAUCACGCAGACCAUAGGAAGUCAUAUCGGACCCCUGACUGCUCUUGGACUGGCCCUCUUUGGUGAAGGCUCUUUCAUCGAGAAACGCGUUUCGAACCCAUCCGCCUUUGUCAUGAAUCUAACCAAGGUAUACGAUCCUGAAUAUGACUCAUGGUAUAUACCCUGGAGCCCGAAUUGCGUUUCGUCCAUGCCUCUUAACUAUGCCAUGAGUUCAAGCGAGUCGGGAUGUCUUGGGGAUUCAAACCACCGUGACGAAGAAGCCGUUCUCGCAACAGUGCGCGACUGGAUUACGUCCUUUACAGAGGAAACCAAUACAAGAGAAGCGUUUACCGUGGGCGCUUUCCUCGCUAACAAAGAGUGGCUGGAUCAAGGCAGAAGCUACAGUUCUCGUUACCGUUACAGCCGGAGGGUGGCUGUCGACCCAGGCAUCACAAUCAAAAAGACGGCGAUAACGCUUGCAGAAAUCAUCAUCGGCUCUGUCUUCCUCGGAGCUCACCUCCUUGGAUUGCUAGCGCUUGCCAUCUAUGCCGUAUACGGAAAGCCGUUUAUGCCGUGGUUGGGUGCAGCGGCCAUGGUCAAGGCUGGGACGGUCUAUGCUGAUAUCCUGAGCGCUGCUGAGGGAGAUAAGCAGUGGAAACAGACCAUGGCUGCUUGCCCGGGAUUCGUUGGGGAUGAGAGACCGACGGAUAGUGUGGGUAGGAUCGCCUUCGGAGCCGUUGCAGGCCUGAGUAGGUCCCAGGUUCGCCCCUCUCUCGACAACUUUGACGACUUUGACGAGCGCCCGGUAUGCGGUGAAGUGAAGAAGAGGUGGAUAACAUUGAACAUGGCGGGGAAGAACUCGGAUCGUUUCGAUAUCGUGAAUGGCAAGCAACUUGCCUUGUUGAUCGCGCCAACCAUAUGCUUUGUGGUGGCGUCGGCCGUGGUAGCGGCGAGAUGGUACACAAGGAGCGUUCGACGGGUCAAUACCUUGGGCGAAGAUGCGCUGAUGGUGGCUGCUCUGGCUAUGAGCUUCGUCGUAGUUGCCCUAGUCUACGUGCUGGUCUUCUUGGGUGGAGAAGGCUUGACGAGCGAUCAGAUCAAGGCCGACCCCACGAAGAACUUUGACGUUGUGGAGCGAUUCUGGCUGCGGAUGCAGUUCGCGCUUGACAUUUGUUGGGCCACAUCCAUUGCGACCGUGCAAUUGGCUUUCGCAAAAUCCUACCUCCGACUGUACGAGAAGAGGGUGGUUGCUCGCAUCGCCUGUUACGUAUCUAUUGCACUCAUCGCGAUCUGGUAUAUUUGGUCGCUCGCGGGUUGGAUCAGUAUGUGCCAUCCACCAGGAGAGUGUAAACUGCAAAGCAAGAAGUCGUGCAUCAUCAUCGGGUCGUUGCAUGUGUUCUUCAACAGUAUCAUACUCUUCGCCCCAUUGCCUGCCAUAGCUGCAGCUGAACUCUCCGGGAAGAAGAAGUUGUGGGUGAUGGUUUUGUUUCUCCUUGGAUGCUUUUGUACCAUCUUAGCUGUCCUCCGUAUUGACUGCGCGAUCGACGUGUUUGGCAACGUCGACGAAGACCCGAUCGGUGCGUCAUGGUGGCGCGUCUGCUUUUCCCCAAUCGAAGUCGCUGUUGGUAUCGUCUGCUGUUGCGUACCCAACGUCCGCUCCCUACCUUCGUGGCGCCGAACUCCUCCACUCGCCACCGAUGAGGGCAUCGGUCUCCGGCGGAUGAAAUUCAGGACAGCAAGCAACGGCUCAUCGACAUCGAACCUAAAUGCACCACCUUCGCAAUGGAUGCCGCAGGGCGUGAAACCGCAAGCGGCUGCUUUCGUUACAUUGAGCAGCGAGACGGAUCCUACCGAGAGACUGAGCUCAUUGGGAGCGAACGAGAUCAAAGUAACGAAAGAGUAUAAUCUAGAUCGACUAUAA